UUUCAUCGAGAACGAAUGCAUACUUCAUUAGUUCUGAGCAAAACAAGUUGCAAAAAGUCAGUCUACAUUUAGAGCGGAAAUUGACUUCCGCAAGAAUGAAAGCUGUUUUUAUCUCUACCAAAUCAUGGAAACUGGAUUUUUUUAAAUAGAGUUGUAGACCGACGUCUGAUCUACAAUUUAGCCACUCCAAAAAUUUCUUCAGUGGCGGACUUUUGGGAAAAACUGUAAGAGAAGGUCGGUCUACAAAAAACGGAAAAGAUGGUUGUAAAAUGAUUAUAUCUAAAGAACAACAAAAAAAAGUAUACAAAGUUGAACACUAAUCAUAUGGUUAGAUUCACAAUUCAAUUCUCUACAGGAUGCGCUGCUUUCCUUUUCUUUUUAUGUCUUUUUAUAUAAUCAAAAAUUCAGUUUUCAGGUGAUGAGUCAUCAGAAAAUUAAGUUUUUUCAACUUUCGAGCCGCCAUAGCUUUGCAACGAAAGGACGUAUCGAGUAGAAAAUUUUUAUGGAAGUGGGCAAAGUACUAGGCAAAGCACAGGAAAAAAUUUGCUCAAGCGAGCCUCUUGUAACCUGAGUUAUUAUAGAAACAUAUCUAAACAAGUGAUUGUACUAGAAAGUUACGUUUUUCUUAUAUAUAUCUUGUUUUUUGUUGUUGUUUUAGCAUCAUAUCGUAAAAUAUCGUGUAAAGAUCUAGGAAAAGGUGAUUGUGAAGGCUUUCUGCAUCGUUAUUUACCCAAAGGAACUUUAUCACUAUUACAAUGGCGGCUUUAUUGGUGUGUAUUAAAAGGUGGCACGUUGUAUAUCUAUAAAUCAAAAGAUGACAACAAUCAGAAUAUGGAAAUCAAAUUAGAGGGAAAAAAUGUUUCUCCAGCUCCUGAAAAAAAGAAAUAUGCAUUCCGAAUUACCGAUGAAAAUAAAUAUAGAGAAUAUUUUUAUUGUUCGUCACGUGAUGAAAUGGCGAAAUGGAUGAAUAAAAUGGGUCUUGCAGCAAUUAAUUUCAAUAUAGAUGAUACAAAAAUUGGCGGUUUUAAUAAAGGGUUUAUUCAAUCUUCACCAUUAAAUUCUGCAUCACAAUCACGAGAAAGUUCACCAUCAUUAACACCUACCAGUGCCGGCGGUGGUAAUAGUAUUAUAACUCACGGUCACAUCAGUGGCGAUAGCGAAAACGAGUCAGAUUCAAUAUCUCUACGUGAUUCACCAAAAUUUAAUUGGGCAAAAUUAUCAUCAUUUUCAAAAACGAAACAAUCAGGACGAAACAGCAGUUUAUCAGACACUGAGCACUCGAAAGAUAAAACUGGAAGUUAUGAUGAUUUUGACGACAGUGUUGCUCUAAAAUCCUUUUCAAGUCGAGGAAACCGUUCAUCAUCAACUGCAUCAAUUACAUCGUUUGCGGGUCAGUUAUCACCACCUGAACAAUAUAAGUCCAAACAUAACAGUAAUUCACCAAGUGACUUCGAUGAUGUUGUGCCGUUAAAUGCAGCGCCACGUUUAUCAGAUUCUGAUUCAUCCACAGAUCAACAACAUCAAAGUUUGUUUAAUAUAAGUCGUUCACAAGAGCAUCUUGGAAAACCUGUCACUGGAAUCUCACCAUAUCCUGAUAAUAAAAUAUUACAAUCUUCUGGGGGUUUCAUGUUAAGCCAAGAAGCACAAACCCCCAAUGUUUCCUGUUCAUCUGGCAAUAUUCAUAAUAACAACGCUUUUUCAUCAUCGCUCGAUGAACCCUGUUUUUGUUCCACUACCAAUUUAAGCAGUAACAAUGGUGGCUCAUCCGAACUGAAUUCUCCUUUAUGGUCUAACGCACCGUAUGUUCCGCCAAACUUAUCGCCAAUAAAGCCAUCUGUUUAUACACCUGCUACGCCAUUAGUUUCAUCAAAAGUAAUACGCACAAAUCUAAAAAACACACAAUACUCUCCGCUUUACGUGUCAGUCUAUAGCGGCCCGCCACCAAAUCCCACAACAAAAGCAACAGUUUCAUCAUCAAUUGUUACACCGCCAACUUCAACUGCAGGUGAUACCCCGUUUUUUUCUCGACGAUCACCUUCGCCAACGACGAUAAUGGCAGCCAAAACACAUUUCACUGUUUCGUCGUCUCCCUCUUAUCAACCACAACACUACACAUAUCCGUAUUCUCAGGCACAGCACAGCAAUUCUCAUAAUCAUUCUUAUCUGCCACAUCAAUCUUCUGAACCGUCAGUAACGGCUAUUCAACAUCCGAUCGUUAUGAAGUCACAAAAUCGUCAUACUCAAUCUACGAGUUCUCAACAACAAUCAUCAUUUAAUGCUAUACCAUUUUAUAAAAAUCGUCGUCAAUCUGAGCAAAACCAUUAA